UCUCGGGGCAGUACAAGGUGUACCAGUAUAAAAGCUGCAGUUGUAGGUUGCUCCUUCACACUACUGGACAUAAUGAGGACCCUGCUACUUACAACCAUGCUGCUGGUGCUGCUCUGUAGCACUCAAGUGCUCACACUCAGGUGUUACACCUGUGACAUGGCUGAUGCUGACUGCAAGCAAGAGACAGAAUGUCCACCAUCGAGCAUGUACUGCAGAACUGUGGUGACUGCGGACACAGUGACUCGUACCUGUGAGGAGAUGUGUGCCUCAGGUGUCAACGUCUACUGUUGCCAGGGAGACCUGUGUGAGAACUGACAUGAUCCACAGAGAGCUAUCGCCACUGACUAAACACUUUCACCUUCUGUUUAAAUACAGUAGAAUGAUGUGUGGGAAAUACGUUACAAUAUCGGGAUACAUUAUAACCUUUGAAUAACAUACAUUUACAUUUUAGCCAUGUAGCAGACACUCUUAUCUAACGUACAUUUAGUGCAUUUAUCUUAAGAUAGCUAGGUGAGACAACCACAUCACAGUCGUAGUAAGUACAUUUACCCUCAGUAAAGAAGUUAUCAGCAAGUCAGUGCUAUUGUUUGUGAUAAUCUUAACAAAAACAAAACCUUAUGAAUCUAUCAAUAUUUUGGGGUACAGCAAGCCCUUUGCACGAUUCAUCUGCUUCUGCUGUCCCUCUAUGGUUUGAAUUAAUGCCAUUAAACUAUGAUAUUCACAGAUGUGGAGGUUUUACAGCAAUGAGGAUUUCCAAUGCCUGAGCUGUGAUGCUGGUGUGUCACUUUUAUAAAUUAAUACUAAGAGGCGCCCCAGCCAGGCAGCUAGUGUAGCCUCCCCUAAUCUCCUCUCUCUCCUGAUGCUCCUGAGUGGGUCAUGCUGGCUCAUGGCCUCCUGCUGGGAUGUGGGUCGCCAGACAGUGACAAUGCCUGCCUGUUGUAGCCGUAUGCAUCUGGGCAGGCAGGAUUACCUAAAUCCCUCCGAUGACGGGGAGUUGUGGAGAACCUGUACGACUCACCUGGCAACUCAAAUCCACUCUCCCUCCCUCUGAAAAAAGUAUGCUUGAUCAUGGUGUAGUUUGCUUUGUUUUUGAGAGAUUAAGAACGAAGAAAAUGGAAGUAAGCGUAUGUUUUUGAGGGAGAAAAUAGGAAGACUUCAUACAUAUAAAAUCAUCUUAUUCUGCUUAACUGUAGAUAAGGCAAAUGUUUAAAUGUCGUCUCUCAGCACACGUCAAGACGUCAAUUCAACGUCUAUUCAACGUCUAACAUCUAUUCAACGAAAUUUCAUUGACAUGACAUGGAAACAAUGUUAAUUCAGCCAGUGUGUGCCCAGUGGGUGGUCUGUGGCUGGUCAUCUUAAUUAAAUGGGAAAUAAUGGUCCUGUCUAGAUAUGUAUUUAUCUUCCAGCCAUUAUUUCCUUUUCCAUUAGAGCUCCAACAGUUUGUGUUAAAAAUAACCCUGGAGCUUUAGACAGACAACCUUCACUCCUUUACACAUCAUGUGAAGGGUGUUUCAUUCAGUCCUCAUAAAGGGGUCAGUAUAAAACACACAUCCCAUGAACAAAAGAGCAAAUGUAAUCCCAGAAAACCUUGCUUUCUCUGAUCUUACAGGGCACUUUUAUCAAUUUAUAGUUGCCCAGAAAAGGCAGAAACUGAUUUACAGUUUACAGAAACAGCACUCAAAUGGAUUAGAUAUUGUGCAUUAAAACAAUACAUUAUGAUAUGAAUGUCAUGAAUGUCAUGUUUGGCAUUCAACCAAAUUAACGAAAUGUUAUACAAAUGAAUUUCUGAAUUAAAUUAUUUGUUUCCUUUUCCCAUUGUGAUCCAACAACUACAUCACAUGUAGACAAUUAGCGGCCUGGUAUACAGCUUUCCAUUAUUGUUUUAAUAUCUAUUUUGAAUCAUAAGACACACUGUUAUUAAGCAGGCUUUAUGAUAAACCCAUGCAGUUGCCUAAUUUACAGUAAAGAACAAAAGUCACCAGA